AUGUCUCCCACGUCGAUCAACUCUCUGUUGUCGCAAGGUACGUUGAUAAAGAUGGGAAUCCCCAAGAACGCCUCAUUGAUAUCAAGGAGAUCCAUGACAAGCCCGGAGAAGGCCAUGCUCAAGGAAUCCUUUCUUCUCUGACUGAAAAUCCAUUGAUACAGAUAACAGAGUUUUCCAGUCAUAUGAUUAUACUUCGUCCAUAUCUGGGGUCUUCAAGGGAGCACCACUGUGGAGCAUGGCUGUGAAGCGAGUGUUGCUGUGUGCAAAAAGUUUGAAAUCCUGCAAGAGCUGUUUGUCUUCUUUACUUCCAGUAAAAAAAGAUACAGCGUGUUUCAUGACAAAGUGAAGGAAAACUAUAGUGGUGGAGCAUUGGAAUUGAGAAAUUUAUCUGCAACAUGUUGGAGCACCUGUGCAGAUUCAAUAGCUGUUUGGUUCAAUAGCUGUUUGGUUCAAUAGAUUCAAAGCUGUUUGGUUGAGUUUUGAUGAAAUAACCCAAGGGCUGGAAGAAUUAGAAGAUUCUGAUGACAACAAAAUGAAAGCAAAGGCUGAAAAUCUUCUGGCAAGAGUAAGAUCUUUUCAAUUUAUUGUCAUGGUUAUGUUUAUGAAGAAUGUGAUGAUAAAGACAAAAAUAUUGACAAAGCAAGUUCAGAGUGUCAACAUCAACAUUGUUGACAUUCUAGAAUCUGCUAAAGCAACCAUUUCUACGCUGCGCCACUUACAUAAUGAUGAACAAAACGUAAACAACCUGAUUACUGCUGCUGUAAAAUUUUCUGAACGCCAUGGAGUUGACGCUAAUGACGAAUACCAGCAACAUCAUCAUCACAGACGCCCAACAAGAGUGGACGAAAGACCAGAAACGGCAACAAACCUUAACCUCUAG